CUCUGUUCACACCGGAAAUAAAUAAGAAGAAAGUAUAUACUCUCUCUCUCUCUCUCUCUCUCUCUCUCUCUCUCUUCUUCUUCAUUUUCUUUCCCAUUUUUCUCUCCACCCAAACAAGUUCUGGGGCUGUAGGCUUCCACUUCUUCCACACCCUGUGUGUGGAAACCGCGUGGAAAUGAUCAUCCUUUGUGGAUAAAUGUUCCUCAGAUCUCUCUUCCUUUCCCUUUGCAAUCUGAUUUUCCCUCACUUUCCCUCUCAUUUUCCUGUCUCCCAAGCGUACAAGCUACUUCUCCUUCACAAACACUGAAAUUAGCCCUAAUCACGAUUCUUCUCCUUUGCUCGUAAAUCUCCUGUCUUCUCUUGUUUCUGAUCAUUUUCAGCCUUUGACCGUUUCGAUUUCGUCCUGAUUCUUUAGACUUCUCUCUGAUUGUCGACGUUACAAUUAGCAGCACCUCCGAACUUGCAGAAAAAAAACAUGAUGGGUGGAAAAUCCAGCAAGAAGAAGAACAGGGAAGAAGAUUCCCCACAAACGCCAGUGCAGAUCAAUAUAAAAUCCGAGUACACCGAGCAUCUGAGCUCGUAUGAAACGGCUUGUAGUCAAGACCCCGAGUUACAGUCCUUUGACUCGGCACUUCAAGAACGCACGAACCGAGUCAUCAACAAGCUAGCAGCGGGAGUGGAGGUCAGAUCCCUGUCGUUUGACUCUCUCAGAGAGGUUACACAAUGUCUGCUCGAGAUGAACCAAGAUGUCGUCAAGGUUAUCUUGCAAGGCAAAGAAGACAUAUGGAACAACCAGGAGUUGUUUUCUCUGGUGAACUUGUAUUUCGAGAGCAGUGCCAAGACGAUGGAUUUCUGUUCUGCCCUCGAGAAUUGCCUGAAACGUGCGAGGAGGAGCCAGGUGAUUAUUCAGUUUGCCGUUAAACAGUUUGAGGAAGAAGAUGGUGAGAACAAGAAAUAUGUGAAGACACUAGAGGAUUUGAAGAGAUUUAAAGAAGAGGGCCAGCCCUUCACGGAAGAGUUCUUUGUUCUUUUCGAUUUGGUUUACAGACAGCAGGUUUCAAUGCUGGAGGAACUCCAUAAACAGAAGAGAAAACUCGAUAAGAGACUAAAGAUGAUCAAAACAUGGAGAAGGGUAUCGAACGUGGUGUUUGUUACGUGCUUUGUCUCUGUUGCGGCGCCGCCAGUCGUGGCAGCGAUAGCCGGUGCAUUGGCUGUUCCAGUAGGUUCUGUCGGGAAAUGGUGCAACUUUCUUUGGAAGAAGUACGAGAAAGUUGUUCGUGGGCAGAAGGAGAUCAUCACAUCGAUCAAAAUAGGGACAUAUAUAGCGGUGAAGGACAUGGAGAAUAUCCGUGUCCUAGUGCAUAAACUGGAAGUCGAGAUUGAGUCUUUCUUGAAGAAAGCCGAGUUUGCUGUAAACGAAGAAGAGGUGGUGAAACUUGCAAUAGACGAGAUAAAGAAGAAGCUAGAUGUAUUUACAGAAACCAUCGAGGAACUCGGUCACCAGGCAUCAAAGUACUGCAGCGAUGUCACAAAGGCGAGGACCGUGAUUCUUCAGAGGAUAAUCAAAUAUCCAACAAGAUCGGCGGGCGAAGAAUCUACCUGGACGGACAUGAUGUCUUGAAGAUGUUGGUUUCAAGCUAUAUGCCUCAGACACGCCAUGGAAGGCUCUUCUUUUUUUCUCGUCCUUUGGCUCAUCUUUGAUAAACUGCUAAGGGAUCUAGAGUUUACUAAAAGGAGAGGCUUUUGUAAUAGUUAGUAAGACUAGUCCUACAUAUAUAUAUAUGUGUCUGUGGGUGAGACCAGAUGCCUUGGGUUGGUAUUUACGGUCUUGCCAUCCCACUCCUCUUUUAUGCACUUUUGUUACUUUUAAGAAAGAGCCGUCUUAAUAGUGAUUGCCCGUCGACGGAUGGAUUGUAUUUUUACAUUUUAUCAUGUUUGAUUUUCAACUAAAA